AGCGGAAAUGGUGCAUUUGUGGCUUCGAGCUGAAACUAAGCCGAAAGAGCAUCGUGCAGCUUUGACGCCUUCUACAUGUCAAACUUUGUUCCAACAUGGUUUUCAAAUCACCGUUGAAAAGUCUAAAGAACGGAUAUUUGAUGACGAAGAAUACGAAAAAGUGGGAUGUGUUAUGGUUCCCAUGGGAACUUGGAGAACUGCACCACUGGAGGCUUAUAUCGUUGGUCUAAAGGAGCUUCCCGAGAAUGACGAUUCACCAUUAUCACAUUCACAUAUUUUCUUUGCACAUUGUUAUAAAAAUCAAGACGGUUGGAAGGAGAUCAUUAGAAGAUUUGUUAAAGGCAAUGGAAUAAUUCUUGAUAUGGAAUUUUUGACUGAUGAAAAAAAUCGCCGAGUCGCUGCGUUUGGCUAUCAUGCCGGUUUCUCAGGCACAGCUUUAGGACUCGAUGUAUGGGCUCAACAACGGCUUGAUCCGAAACAAAAAUAUCCCGAAGUAUUGCCUUACCCAAACGAAAAUGGAUUGAUAAGCCAUAUAAAAAGUAGAUUAGAAAGUGCAAUCAAACUUAAUCAGAGGUCACCACGCGUGAUGGUCAUGGGUGCAUUAGGUAGAUGUGGUAGAGGUGCAACCGAUUUUGCGUCUAAAGCGGGAAUUCCUGAAGAAAACAUUAUUAAGUGGGAUAUCGAGGAAACCAAGCGUGGAGGACCAUUUCCUGAAAUCCUGGAAUCCGACGUUUUUGUGAAUUGCAUUUACCUCAAUCAAAAAAUACCUCCGUUUAUCACGAAAGAGUUUCUGGAUAAACCACGACAACUUUCGGUUGUUGUGGAUGUGAGUUGUGAUACCACCAAUCCCAACAAUCCACUUCCAAUUUAUACUGUCAACACCACUUUCGGUAAUCCUACCGUUUCGGUAGAAACGAAGAAUCCUCAUCCUCUCGAAGUUAUCUCUAUCGAUCAUCUGCCGACUUUAUUGCCUAGAGAAAGUAGCGAACAAUUUUCUCGAGAUUUGCUACCAAGCUUGCUUCAAUUAUCUGAGCGUGAUUCUGCAAGAGUGUGGGUUGACGCAGAAAAAUUAUUUAGAGAAAAAGCAUCUCUGAUUGACUUAUAA